AUGUACAUCAGCCAAAAGUUACAAAUUGCAGUGUGUAUUGGAAGGGACUAUACAAGCGAUUACUGGAAACUAGUAUCUCCAUGUCCCAGUAUAUACAAUUACAGAUUAUUAACGGGUCCUUUUUCCGGCUACAAUAAUGCAUCACGUUCGUGUAAAAUGGAAUCUCCUUCCAUGUAUCUACUAACAAUAUCGCAUCUUUUCGAACUUCAGUUCGCAGCAGAGCAAGCGAGGUGUGAUUUAGGCGAAGAAAAAUUUUUGCUUGGUUUACGGUACAUUGACGGUGAUAUACGCUUUGAAGACGGCACUAGCGUGGAAGCUGUGAAGUCUUUAUAUAACUUCUCUGAUGAGGUGAUGGGACCAAAUACAUGCUUUUCUGUUGGCACUGAGGAGGGCAUGAAUAAACUUUGUUAG